AUGUUGUCUUUGCUCGAAGAUGUACCGCGUAUCUUUGUUAUGAACGAGAUACAUGCAUCAGUUUUCACACCGGGAACGGAGGGGUUGUCAUGGGAUCCGCUGUGCAGUGUGAGGGUUGAGGAGAAGGGUUAUUUGGGUUGUUUGUCGCAACUCAAUAUGCCGGCCGGAACCCAAUACCCCGGAAUCUUGGCAAUCCGGCAUAUCGAGUUGCGACUGGACUGUAGAGUAGAGGACGAGUUGCGGAAGCGGCGAGAGUUGAGUAAUCCAGGUUCUUGGGCGCAUAGAUCUAAAUUCGGGCCAUAA